GAAUCCCGAAGACGAGCUGAAGCUGAAAAAGAGAGAAGAGAGGCUAAAGAUCGAAGAGAUAAAGAAAGAGAAAAUAAAAGGGCUGAAGCAGAGAGAAGAGCAGCGGAAGAAGAAGAAGCAGCAUCCAGAGCAAGAGCUCCAUCACCAUCACCACCAGAACCAGAACCUGAGGAUACUUAUCAAGAGACAGUGGUGCCACCGCGAGAACCAGAACCACAACUAGAGCCAGAACCAGAACCAGAACCAGUGGAGUAUGAAGAUGUUAAAGCUCCACCACCACAAGUUGAAGAAAUGUAUGAUGACACCAAGCACCACCACCUUCCAGUCAAUCUGAUUAUCAAGACAUUCCAGCUGAUACAUAUGAUGAUAUCCGAGCACCAG